AUGUCGGCGCCGAUGAAGAGCCACUACUUCUGCGUGUUUUGCGACACAAUCGCGAUGUCAUCCGAAGAGAUGGGCGACCACUCGAUGCAACACUUGAUGGCCAUCGAGGGCCAGGCCGUGGAGGACAGGGCGGCGACGGAUACCGAACUCGGAUUCGUGGACCGACUGCUGGCAUACCAGCGCCGCCUCAACGAGUGUCUGCCGCACGAGUUGCCCCCCGAAGACACCACUCGGACGCUGAUGAUUGGGUGCCCCGUAUGUGACGCUAUGAUCCGGUGCCACGACCUCCGCAUCGAUGAGCGCUUCCGGCACUCCAUUCACGCCACGGAAGCCACGGCUCACCACCAGUCGGACAAUGACUCCAAUCAGCGCUCAGAGUCGACCUCCGGUUCGCCGAAGUAUACGAUAAGCCAUUUGAGGGGCGAAUCACUGGCCGCCCAAAGGGAGCACAUCUAUCAUCACCUAAACUACUUCCCAUUCGUCUGCAACUACAGCACUGCCACCACCGCUGAUGACAACCCCAUUGCCACCGAUUGUCACCAGAAGCUGUUCGCGUACGAGGCGUGCAAAGAGCACCUCCGCGUCCGCCACUGCCUCCCAGUGACCGCCAAAGACGAGUACGAAGUGGUCAGCGAACACAUGCACUUCCAUGAGCUCCGGCCGCUCGAGGAGCUGAUCCGCGAUCACCUCAACUGCAAACCGAUGCCCGCGUUGUCGGCCUACGUGUGCGACACUACCAUCGAUGUCGAUGAGGACGAGUACGGCUCGGAUAUGCCGGCGCCGCCACCGAUCAGUUCGUUCGACGAGUUGUCUGAUACGAGCGGUUCCGCCGGUGAUGACGAGAACGAGGCGACGGUUGGCCACGAGUUCAAAGGUCACCGAAAGCGUCGACAAACACUUCAUCCGAGCAAAUACUACGACAACAAUAAUGGCCACCAUUUCGACGACAGUCUCAGCGGUUUCAGCGAUAGUCUGAAAAAAGAGAGGUCUUCGCAGACUCUGACCACCAAUUCAAGCGCCGAUGACGUCCAGAGUGUCAACAACCGUAGCGCCGACGACCUGUCCGUCGAUUUGACGCACAAACGCCACUAUAAG